UGCUUCCUGUUGCUGCCCGCACGUUGCCUGUUCCUUUCUGAUUUUUUUUUGAGCCACAGUACGAACAAUACAAAGUUUGCGGCUCUGAAAACGGAGGAAAAUCUCUAAAAUGCCGCGAGCCAAGCAGUCAGCCCGGAGGAAGAAGUUUGACUACAACCGGAACCGGAAGAACGUGAAGACGAAGAACAAGAAGAAGUCGAACCCGAGGAUCGAGCAAGCUCAGAUUCGAAAUGCGUGGGAUGACAACAAGUCCGUCGCCAGGAACCUGCAGGAGAUGGGUCUGGCUUUUGAUCCUAACCGCUCUCUGCCCAUAAAACAGCAGAAGCUCCCCAGGGAAGACAAGAAGCCUGCCGUCGUCACCAAGCCCUUCAUCGUACAGCAGCUGGAGGCAGAGGCCAGCCUCCCCGGCAAAGACACCAAGACGUUAUCGACCGACCUGAUCGAAUACGUUCAGCACAUGAUCCGAGAGCACAACCAGGACUACAAGGCGAUGGCCAGAGACGAGAAGAACUACUACCAGGACACGCCCAAACAGAUCAAGAGGAAAAUCGGCGAGUAUAAACGCUGCCACCCGCAGCACUACGAGGCCUUCGUCAGCUCGCUCGCAGAGCCAAUGGUCCAGUAGAAGAUCUGCUGUGGGUCUGAGGAAGUGGACUGUGGACAUUCAGACUGAGGUCGAGUGUUUGGACGGAGAGUAAAAUACCGGCGAGUGCCGAGGAAACACGUCCAUGUUCUGGGACGUUUCUCUCUCCUUUUGUAUUUUUAAUUGAGUCAUUUUGUUUCAGGAUUUAUUCGCUCUUUCUUGUGAAAGUCAAACAUGACUGAAAUGAGAUUUUUAAUAAUUUAAACCCCUUGAAACUCAUCCAGCAGGUGUGUUUUUUUUCCCUCUCUGGGAUAAAAGUAUUUCAGUUUCCUCCAUUAUCCUCAUAAACCACAGGAGGACCUGAACAUCCGAGUAAAAUCAUGAAAAACGGAUCUAUUUUUAUUGGUGUGUUCAUUGAUUUCUGUUUUUAUUCCCAAGCAAACCAAAGUCGGAAACCACAAGACAAGAAUGAUCUGUGCAGGGAUCGAAUAUCAAGUGAGAUGCUAAAAUAAAGAAGUUGGUGAAUCUUUUUACUGAUAAAUAA